UUUCUGCCGAAACCAUGUUUGACAAACCCAUUAUGGCUGAGAUUGAGAAAUUCAAUAAGUUGAAACUGAAGAAGACAGAAACGCAAAAGAAAAAUCCACUGACUUCAAAAGAAACAAAUGAACAGGAAAAGCAAGCAGGCAAAUCAUGAGGCAUGCACAGUCAAUAUGCACUGUACAUUACACAAGCAUUGCCUUCUUAUUUUACUUUUUUCAGCUGUUUAACUUUGUAAGAUGCAAAGAGGUUGGAUCAAGUUUAAAUGACUGUGCUGCCCCUUUUUACAUCAAAGAAUCAAGAAAUACUGACAACAAGGGCC